GCACGCUCCCGGCGCCGGACUGCAACUCCCGGCGGCCCCCGCGGCUUCCGGUUGGCAAGAUGGCGGCGCGCAGGAGGAAGCGUGGGGCGCGGGACUCGGAGCCGGGGAUUCCGAGCCCCCCAGGUUACUCAGCCAUCCCCAUCAAGUUCUCUGAAAAGCAGCAAGCUUCUCAUUACCUCUAUGUGAGAGAGCACAAAGUUCGAGAAGGCACCAAGUCUUCCUGGCCUCAGAAGCGGACCCUUUUUGUCCUCAAUGUGCCCCCAUACUGCACAGAGGAGUGCCUGUCCCGCCUCUUCUCCCCCUGUGGUGCCGUCCAAUCUGUGGAAUUACAGGAGAAGCCCGACCUCGGCGACAGCCCAAAGGAGCCAAAGUCGAAGUUUUUUGACCCCACACCUGUUCCAGGCUUCCAGGUAGCCUACGUGGUGUUCCAGAAGCCAGCUGGUGUGUCUGCGGCCAUAGUCCUGAAGGGCCCCUUAGUGGUCUCGACAGAGAGUCACCCCGUGAAGAGUGGCAUUCACAAGUGGAUCAGCAACUACGUAGACUCCGUGCUGGACCCUGAGACCUUGAGGGUCGAAGUGGACACGUUCAUGGAGGCGUAUGACAAGAGGAUAGCUGAGGAGGAGGCUAAGGCUAAGGAGGAGGAAGGGGUUCCGGACGAGGAGGGCUGGGUGAAGGUGACCCGUCGGGGUCGGCGGCCUGUACUGCCCCGGACAGAGGCAGCCAGCCUGCGGGUGCUGGAGAAGGAGAGACAGAAGCGUGCCCGCAAGGAGCUGCUCAACUUUUAUGCCUGGCAGCACCGAGAGACCAAGAUGGAGCAUCUAGCCCAGCUGCGCAAGAAGUUCGAGGAGGACAAGCAGAGGAUUGAACUGAUGCGGGCCCAGCGCAAAUUCCGACCCUACUGAGCUGAGCUGAUCCGGGGGUCCCGUGGAGAGGUCUGGAACACUCGUCUCCAAUCUGAGCCCACAUGGGUGGGGUGAAGGACAGUAUCCUCCCUUGGUUCUGGAACUUCAGCAGGGUUGGGGCCCAGUGCUGGCAAGGCCGGUCCAGCAUGAGGGCCUGGCUCACAGGGAGCCACCCGCCCAGGCCACGGUCGCUUCCUUCUGGUCUGUGUUCCCAGCCUGUUCCUAGACUCUCUUCUCCCUUCCCUCCGCGGAAAAGUCCCCAUGAGGAGUGAACAGCCUCAGAAGCAGUGAGAAUACAAGAACAUUUAUUUUCCAUCCAGCUGGGCAGCCACCUGGCCACUCCUUCCUCCGCCCACCACCAGCUUGGUGCAGAUUAUCAGCCACAAAACAGACAACACCCCAAAGUUCAAGCAGUGUCUCCCCCGUGACGUCAACAUGUUAAAAGAAUCUUGCCCCGUGUCCCCACCACACCUGGAAUCCGGAUGGGAGUGACGGGCACAAGGCCUCCAAAGCCCCAGGUCCAGGCUACAGCUAGUGUGGGAGCCUCUCCUUGCUCUGCAGAAAGGCACUGAUGAUGUCAGCCACAUUCUGGGGUUGGUUCAGGUGCACAUAGUGGUUGCCCGGGACUUCCAUGUACUGGAACUGCUGUGGAGGGGAGGGCAUGCUUGGUCAGGUACAGCCCAGGUAAGGGGGUUCUGCUGUGCUGGGGCCUUCCCGGGGCUGCUGCCUCACAGAGGUUUCGAAGGGUUCCCCCCGGGGCAGUGACAUGCUGCUUGUCGGGGCCUGGCUCAGAGCCAGGGAGAAAGGUCUGACUGGGGGGAGGAGGGCUCCAAACCCUGGGCUUCUGGGCCAUUCUGAGUUGUGAGGUUAUAGAGCUAGGCUGGGAACGAGGCCAGCAGUCAAGAGCCCUGCUGGUUCUGAGAAUUGUCAGGGCUUAAAAAAAGAAUACGGAGUCUUUCAAACUUGAUCCUCCGUGGAAGACACGAAGGCACUGCCUGCCUUUGGUGGUGAUGCUGAGAUGUCUGCAGAGCUCCGGGGUCAGGUGUUCACAGCAGGUGAUGGUCACCAAGUGCCAGGUUCUCCCAGGGACAAAGUCUGAGUCCCAGCCCCCACUGAGGAGACUGGUCAUCUGGUCAUCCUAGAAAUUCUAGGGUGGCCUCUAGCCAAAUUGGGCCAUGGGCUGAGGGAAUGUGUGUGGAAAAUAAUAUUGGGAAACUACCAAACUGUUUGCUGUGCUGAGUUCCAUAUGAACCCAGGGCUGCAGGGGCCGACCACACCCAGCAGACCCGGGGCCAGACCAGAGGUUCACAUGCAAGCUGAGGAGUGGGUGAGGACCCUCCUGGACGUCACCCUGGCUGAGCCUCAUGCACCUACCUCUUUUAGGACAGAUCUCAGCGUGUCUAGCACCAAAAGCAUGACACUCUUGUCAGUGAUACCUCUUUCCAUGUUAAAAUAGCCUUGGCUUGCUCUGGAAAGUAAAAGGAUCGGUUCACUU